AUGGACGCUGUCAAAUGGGAAGCGGCAUCUCAUUGGAUCACCAAGUCGCAACUACCACCAGAUGCAAAGCCACUAGCUUUCAUUUUGUAUGCAGAUAAAACAAGGCUAUCGUCAUUUGGCACUGUCAAAGGUUACCCAGUUGUUGUUGGCUACAUUGUAGGAUGGCUACCAAUAGUCAACUUCAAAAACUCAGUCUGGCACGAGUCAUUCGCAAGAAUCACAUCUUCGCUGGUGUCAAAAUCAAAGACUGGACAAUGGUAUUCCUGUCUGGACAGCAUCAACAGGUGGUUCUUCCUUUGCGUGUUGAUUUUGUCGGCUGAUUAUGAAGAACAGUGCAUCAUGUCACUUACUCGAGGAAUCAUGAGCCUUUGGCCAUGUCCCAUCUGUCUUGAAAAAGACAGCUAUGAGGAACAGGAGGAGGUUCUCAAACAAUAUGGACUUCGUGACAUUAUUAAUUCAUUAUGGGCUAUCAGGUACUCAGAUGUCCAUCGAGCAUUGUCGCAUGACUGA